GAGUGAAGUUUAAAACCAGAGUCUCGACUCUCAAAAAGAAGGAAGAAACAAAGAGGUGUGUUUUCAYUCUCAAGAAGGGUGUGUUCAUCUCAGUGUGGAGUAUGUUUCAGGCGACUUCUGCGUUUGGUUUCUUAUGUUUGCUGCUGACAGUUUGGCGAAGUUUGACUGUUUUUUUUUCUUUCAGGUAGCUCGGCGUUGGGUUUUCACCAGGUGUGCUGAGAUGCAGCGGCCCAGCAGCCCGCUGAGCCUGCAGCUGUGGGAGAGAUGGCUGACCUUUCUGAACCACCUUCAGCAUGACCCCAGGGUAGCGCAGCUGAUGAAGACCCGGCUCGGGCAGUACCUCAGAACCCGUCCCUUCUUAGCUCUCACACUGCUGCUGUUCGGRGCCCUGGCUGCUCUGCCUGUCGGCCUCUUCCUCUCGUUUGCCCUCGUGACUGUUGUUAUAUCAGUAGUAGGAUUUGUUUUCUUUGAGGUGUUCCUGUUGUUGGUUGGAGGGCUGACUCUGCUGUCUGUGCUCUCUGGCGUCGCCCUCUUCUCUCUGCUGGUCUCGGUCAUCGUUAACACUUUACUUUUCACCGUCCCCAGCUUACUGAAGCGUUAUCUAAACCAAACAAAGAAGAAACGGAGUGAAGAUGAAACUUCAGCACCAAAUGACAUGCAGUAAAUUCCUUAAUCUGAGUUUUAAGCUGGCGUCACCGAAGCAUCCGGGUCGGAUCUGAUCAGAUCUGCUGUUAGUUUUAUUAAGCACAAAAUCUCAUCAAACUCUUAAGUGUUUCAGUGUGAGCUGAAGUUUUAUAAUCUGUAUGUUGUGCAAUAUGUUUGGUUUAUUUAUAAGAAGAUGAUGGAUCAUGAUUUUGUUUCAUCCGACUGAACUGUCCGAACAGCUUUUUUUUUUCAUCAUGGGUUACACGCUUUAAUUUUCUGGAUAAAAGUAUUUCUGUUACAUGUGUCAGAAGUCCUCCCACUUCAGUGUUUAUUGUAAAAACUACAUUUUGUUACACUUAAAAUGUCGUUGACCUAAUUUUACUAAUACUGUAUUUUAAAUAUUCAUAAACUGCAUGUUCUGCCUCAGUUUUAGACUGAUAUACUUUUCUUUUUUUAACAAAUAAAGUGUUUUUAACUGCUU